AUGCACAGUAGCACCGAGCCAGAUACUCUCCGUCCAGUGGUGCAUUUGGGCACAUUUGAGCGCGUUGUGGGUCAAAGCCAACCUGAAGAGCAAGAAGUUGACUACGAGGUGAUGGGCAGGGAUUACGUCAAGAUGGCUCGCUGGGACUACCGCAGUGGUAACAGGGCUCCUAGUCAAGCGUCUUCUGUCCCCUGGAUCAAAUUGCUUCGAGCGCGAGAGCAGCCCCGCCAUCCGGUAGAGUACACCCAAGAAUCUAACCCCGGACUUGGUUAA